AUGAACUCGCCGACUCAUACUAUUGACCCAGACGGCGAAGUGCUGUUAAUAUUGCGCAAUGCGAACAGUCCUUUUGCACACUCGGAUAAAAUGCCAUUCACUAGUCUGGACUCUAAGAUCGUUCCGUCACUGUGCGAUAGCGCCCCGAUUACUUCUGAAGGAACCGAGAAAGAGCCAGAGCUGAGUGUCCAGGAGGAACAGAGCAAGGAGGGAAUGGAAAGAACUUCUGAGCUCAUUUCGCCAAAUGAAGAGGCCACUGCUGAAGAGCACAUUGAUGAAGAGGCUGCUACCGAAGGGCAUCUCGCUGUAUUAGCGGUCCAAAAUUGCUUGCGUAUUAAGGUAUCUGCGAAGCAUUUGAUGUUUGCCUCGCCGGUUUUCAAAAAAACACUGACUGGUGGCUGGAAAGAAAGCAUGAACUACUCUCAAAAAGGCUCAACCUGGGUCACUGCAGACGGCUGGGAUAUUGAAGCAUUCAUGAUUGUACUUCGAGCUAUUCAUGGCCAACACUACCUCAUAGCCCAAAAGCUGUCUUUGGAGAUGCUCGCCAAAGUUACCGUUAUAGCAGACUAUUAUGAAUGCAAGAACGCUUUGUAUCUCCUGAAAGACAUGUGGAUCAAGAACGUGAAGGGAGACAUUCCUACGACGCUUUCUCGAGAUUUGAUUUUAUGGCUAUGGAUUGCCUGGUUUUUUGAACUUCCUGCCCAGUUCAGUUGGUCAACUUCUAUGGUCAUGUCACAGAGCGACAAACCGAUUGAUAUUUUGGGCCUUCCGAUACCAGGCAUUGUCAUAGCUUCAAUGAAUGUAGGUAGAGAGGCGGCUAUCAACGACUUAAUUGCCCAUCUUCAUCAAACACGCGAUGCUUAUUUAAACAACACACGGGGUUGUUCUUUUGAAUGUCGCUCAAUCAUGUGUGGAGCGCUUACUAUACACAUGCAGUCAAGCAACCUGCUUCUGCCGAAGCCUGACACUCCCUUUCCCGGCUUGAGCUACAAUGGUCUUGUGCAGACAGUGCAUAAAUUCAGAUCGCCAGCAUGGUACAAUGCGCCCAAGACUUACUCUACGCACGCAUGCUUUCACUCUUCUUUCGAAUCCUUGUUUGCGAAACAACAUUAUCCUCUAGAGGGCUUGGAACUGAAAAAUUUCACUUUUCACGAUUUGGUGCCAUAG